UUUCAGCCUGAGGGAACCAAGCUGUUCUCCAUGUGGAACAGUGAAUCCAGUGGACACACCCCUCUUUUCAGCGAGGAGUUUUCUUCACUCAGAAUCUUCGUCUCGACUUUGACUGCUUUUGCAAACUUCAUCCAGCAGAAGUGAAGAUGACUGAAGGAAAUGGUGGUGAGAGUCCUCUUGGAGACCCCAAGCCAGAAGAACAGACAUCUGAGGAGGAGGAAGCUCCUGCAAGGGGAAAAUGGGCCAACAAAGCAGAGUUUAUUCUGUCCAUGACUGGAGAAAUCAUUGGCCUUGGAAAUGUUUGGCGUUUUCCUUAUCUGUGCUAUAAGAAUGGAGGAGGCAUCUUCUUCAUCCCCUACUUUGUGUUCCUGUUCUUCUGUGGAAUUCCUGUGUUCUUCUUGGAGACGGCGUUGGGCCAGUACACCAGUGAGGGAGGGGUCACUGCCUGGAGGAAAAUCUGCCCCAUGUUCGAGGGGGUGGGGAUUGCAUCCCAAGUGAUUGUGAUGUAUCUGAACAUCUACUACAUUGUGGUGAUGGCCUGGGCCAUCUUCUACCUGGUCAACUCUUUCCGAAACCCCCUGCCCUGGACCACAUGCGACAACUUGUGGAACACAGAUUCAUGUCACAAGCACGUAAGCGUCUUUGCCAACCCCCAUCUAUUUAGUCCAGAUUCAGACUGGUCAUUCUUAAACAAUGAUACCUCAUCUGACUACAUUGGGAACGUGACUUAUAUCAAUCCAUUGAGGACAACCAAGUCACCAGAAGAGGAAUUCUGGAUUCAUCGUGUGUUAAGAAUGUCACAUGACACGAGUUUGGGAAAGGUGCAGUGGGAUCUGGCUCUGUGUCUCCUCUUGGCCUGGGUAAUCUGCUACUUCUGCAUCUGGAAGGGGAUCAAAUCUACAGGAAAGGUUGUGUACUUCACAGCUACAUUCCCUUACGUGAUGCUCUUCAUCCUUUUUAUCCGAGGUGUGACGCUACCAGGAGCAUGGAAUGGCUUGCUCUUUUACCUCACACCCGACUGGAAAAGGAUCGCUGAUCCUGAAGUGUGGCGUGAUGCAGGGACUCAGGUGUUCUUCUCUUAUGCCGUGUGUCAGGGAGUUCUUACCGCCUUGGGAAGCUACAACAAAUACAACAAUGAGUGCUACAGGGACUGUUUGGCGCUGUGCUGUCUCAACAGCGCCACCAGUAUCUUUGCUGGCUUUGCCGUGUUCUCUGUACUAGGUUUCAUGGCCUACGACAUGGGUGUAUCAGUGUCAGAGGUCGCUGCCAGCGGUCCUGGUCUAGCCUUCAUUGUAUACCCUGAGGCUCUGUCACUGCUGCCUGGUUCAUCUUUCUGGUCGGUGUUGUUCUUCUUCAUGCUCAUCUUGCUUGGCAUGGACAGUCAGUUUGUGUGCGUGGAGAGCCUGGCCACGGCCAUCACAGACAUGUUUCCACACCUCCUGAGACGGGCCGGAGCGCGGGAGAUUCUGGUGCUGGUCAUUGCUGCCGUCUGCUUCCUGUUGGGGCUGCCGCUGGUCACCGAGGGAGGGAUUCAGCUGUUUCAGCUGGUUGACACGUAUGGCCCCAGUGGAACCAGUAUCCUGUUUAUCGCCUUUUUCGAGACCAUUGCAAUUGGAUGGGUGUACGGUGCUGACCGUUUCUUUGACAACAUUCAGGACAUGAUCGGAUACAAACCGUUCCCUGUGCUGAAAUACUGCUGGUUGUUCAUCACGCCGCUCAUCUGUGGGGUUACACUCUGGUAUGAACUGCUCAGGAAUAAGACCCUUCAAGGUAUUUAUGGUUUCAAACCUGGUAACUGGUAUGUCAUGUUAAGCCGUCUCCUCAUCAUCACCCCACUGGUAUUCAUCCCGUUGUACAUUUUGAUUUCAAUGUGUAAGAAUCUCAACAACAUGACGACGCCAUCCAGUGACCUACGUCAGGCUCAACCACACAAGCCAGUGCUCACUCUGUGCAAGAAGGUAAUUUUCAAAGCUCAGGAUCAGCCAAAUAAGAUACACAAUGAAAUAAAUGAAGGAGUGCCAGAGGACCUGAUGGUUACCGGCAAAGUGUAGAUCAACAACCUGUUACGAGAUGUAAGCACUGGUGACAAUCUGUGAAAUGAAACUGUUUCAUGUGUAUUCAAUGUACUUAUUCUUAUAGCAGUGCUAUAUACUGAAAGCAAAAUCAAUAAAGUCAACAUUUUUAUCUUCA